UUAACAAUCAGGUGGAAAAGCGACAUGGCCGACAGCGAGUUUGAAGAAUUUCGUCGUGUGUUCGACAGACUGCCUCAACACGUAAAGGCUCCAACGCCAUUCUAUUCGUUAGUGCCAAAUGUUGGUUUGGAUGAUGAAUCACUGUCAUCGAAGAGUGAAGACACUCCAGAGGAAGAUAGAGGCUGCAUUGCAGACAGCGACGGUGCAGCCCCCGCACAAGAUGACGUAUCACCACCACAACCUGACUUAACUGAGCCACAACGCAGUCCCAGACACCAGACAUUUUCAAAUGGAGAAAGAAGAAGAAGAAAGCUUCCAGAGAUUCCAAAAAAUAAGAAAUCAACAAUAUUAGCUAAUGGGCAACCAGCAUCACUAGCUGAUGAAUUAGGAGCCCUGGCCGGACUACUAAUCAGGCCUGGAUGUCAAGGUCGACCGCUACUAGUCCUGAAAUGCGGGUACCUUCUGGACGAGGAUUCCAGUCCAGACUCGGAGCGUCUGCAGAGCCUGGGCGAUGUCGAUAGUGGUCACAGCACAGCGCAUUCACCAAUCGAUACAGGUCCCAAAAGUAUAUCCCCAACGCCGCUACAACAAAACGUGUCACCAUCUUCAAGCUGUAGCAUUAGUGGAAUAAACUUUGCUGGUAAUAUGACCACGGUUCCACAUAGUCAACUGGAAAUGCUGGAAGCUACUCAUAGAGGCCUACAUAAGUUUAAUCCCAGACAUCACGACGAGAUUGAAGUGGAAAUAGGUGACCCUAUAUAUGUGCAAAAAGAGGCAGACGACCUAUGGUGUGAAGGUGUCAAUUUGAGAACGGGUCAACAGGGAAUUUUUCCGUCAGCCUACGCAGUGGAUAUGGACUACAAUGAUUUCGACCCUGCCAAUGCCAAAGUUAAAAGAGAGCGAUAUUUAUUAGGAUACAUGGGAUCAGUAGAGACGUUGGCCCAUAAAGGAACAGGCGUGGUUUGCCAAGCUGUAAAGAAGAUUGUUGGUGAGUCAAGUGGAGAGCCAGGAGUACAGCCUUGCAUCCUGGAGGUGUCAGAUCAAGGUCUACGUAUGGUCGACCGGUCGAAGCCAGAUAGAACACGAAGUGGUCCGUGCAUUGACUACUUCUAUUCGCUGAAGAACGUCUCGUUCUGCGCUUUCCAUCCUCGUGAUCACCGAUAUCUUGGCUUCAUCACGAAACAUCCGACGUUACAAAGGUUCGCGUGCCACGUAUUCAGGGGUCAGGAGUCCACGAGACCAGUAGCAGAAGCUGUUGGGAGAGCGUUCCAGAGGUUUUAUCAGAAAUUCAUAGAAACAGCAUAUCCCAUUGAGGACAUUUACAUAGAAUAAACAAACAGC